UUUUUUUCUCUCGCGCCAUGUUUUUUUCUUCUCUCACUCUUUCCUUUUGAUCCUCUCGAGUAAAAUGACGAGUGAAUGCGUUCAUUCAAAAACCCAAAUCGUUAUCAUCGGAACGAACUAGGCUCGGGUUUCUGGAGAAAUGGCCGGCGAAAACGCGGCGGCGAGUGCUAUCUGUUCAAUCUGCUACGAAGAUCUCAAACCGGCGGCGGAGAAUCUGCAAUCGAUCUCCGCCUGUGGCCACGUCUUUCACGAGCUAUGUUUGCAGCAGUGGUUCGAGUACUGCCCGAGCACGAACAAGCGAAACUGUCCGAUCUGCAAGCAGAAGUGCUAUCUGAAGGAUCCUUUCCGCCUCUACUUUCAAUCUUCCGGGAAUCAAAUCGAAUCGCAGAAGGUUGGGGGAAUCGAGGAAGAUCCGGUGGUGUUGAGAGGAGAAGUGAAGCGGCUCGAAGGGAAGUUGCAGAAUCUUUCUUCGGCUCUGGAGGAGCAGAAGAAGGUGAAUGUUGAAGUCUCCGAUCAGUUGUAUCAAUGUAAGGAGAAACUGAAGGAGGACAAAGUAAAAAGGGUGGAGGCUCUGCAAGAAGUAUCAACGAACCAACGCUUGCUUAAACUAAAAUCAGAGGAAUGUGUGCAGCUUACUUCCCAGUGCGCUCAGCUACAAGACAGAACUAUGGCUCUUGCCAAGGAGCUCGCAUCGCUUAAACUAGUUUCGGAUAUAAGCUUGGAGGAAGAUGAUGUGCUGAAGCUAGCGUUGUUGGGGAAUAACGCAAAGACAAAGGAUACAAUAGACACUCUUGUCAAGUCCUUGGUUAUCCGAAACAGGAGUUACAAGGAGUUGCUAGCCAAAUGCAAUCAGCUGGGCAGAGGGGAAGCUCGAUCUUCUGAGAAACUUGAAAAAGCUUUGGAAAAGAUGGAUAAACUAAAGAAGCGAGUGAGGGAACUUGAGAUGAUAACUGAAGAGAAUGAGAACAAAGCAAUACGGGACAUGAUAAAAGCUUCAAAGAAUUGCAGUGACAGAAAAGUUUCCAAGCCUGCAACUGAAAGCUUGGAUAGAAUCUCUACACCACUUGGUAAGUUGGAGAAGAAUGAUGGCUUCACCAAUCAUGGAUCAUGCUUAAGCGGAAGAGAAGACUCCUUUUUUGGCAAACGGGAGUCGGUUAUAGUGGUAGAUGAUGAUGUUCACGAAGCUACUACCCUUUCUGGCAUCAGACAUUCAGAUUCUACUAUGGAAGAUGAGAAGGGUGAGGAUAGUAAUGUUCAGGAGAGACGUGAUGAUCCGGUGAUCAAGGACAUAAAGUUCAACAUCAGAGAAGGCUCAACGCCAUCAGACUCACCGUGCAGCAAUGGUGCUGGAGGCAGUUGGUUGUCAAGUGGAGAAAAUCAAAAUCUCAGAAGAUGGAGCAGACAAGGAGAGAGAAACGAAGCUCCUUUUUCACUAGGAGGUUCUGUCUCAGGCAAGGAUGAUUUGAUCUCUGUUGGGCCUGAUGGGAAAGGUGGAAGAAUCAAAGUGUUGAGAUCUAAACCCCAAUUCUCUAACCCCAAUGCAAGCUCAGGAAGUGUGAAGAGAUUCAAGAUUGGAACUAAAGCAAGUGGUACCUCCUCUCAAGGGUGUCUGCAGAUCGAACACUUUUUUGGAAAACCCAAACGCUAACUUUUCCAGCUUGCAGCUCCCUUAGCUUGUGCAAGAAGAAGAAAGAAGCGUUCUGAUAGAGAGGCAAAGAGGUUCGAGAGAAGAAGGGAUGUCAAAAAUGGCUAAACACUAUCAUUGAAACUCUAGUACUCUACAAUUAAUGGGGCUGUUCUUUGAUUUCGAAAUCUGAGAUAUUGAGAGAUGAUCUUAGAUUGUGAUGCUAAAUAUGUAAUUCAAUGUCUCUUAAGCUUUAAAGUGUGGCAUGCAAUGCAAUCAAGACAAUUUCACUUUGGCCAUAGGCUGAU